AUGUGCUCCACAACAACGCUUCUCUACACCAUCUGCCUCCACACCGGAACGGGCACGCGCAACGACUCCUGCAAGACGGGCAAGUGCAAGCGGCGCAUCAAGCUCAUCCUCGGCUGGUGCCCGCAGUGCAAGAUGUCUCUAAGCGGCGCGUUCCCGCGGCCCAGCGACCCAAACGCGCCGUCGACGAUCCGGCGGUACUGGCUGUGGGUGAGCCGCCAGCCGUCGUCGUCGUCAUCCAGCAGCGUGAUAAGCGGUGCCGUGACCAAGGCCAUCAUCAACACGGUGCAGCUCUCCGAGAUCAACCAUGGCACUCGUGCAACGGCAGACAAGGAAUGGGCGGUGAGGAUGCUGAACACGAUACGCGGCGUCGGCGCGGAGACGCUAGAGCUCCGCGAUAAGACGUGGACGAAUGAUGGCCGGGAUAGCACGCUCAGUGAGGUUGUCCGGCGGGCACAGGAUGAGACUCUUGAGUGGGCGGAGGGAUAUCUCUUGUUGUAG